GAAGGGAGCGGGGAGGACGGAGCGGAGCGCUCCACGGGCCGCGCAUGCGCUGUACGCAGCAGGCCCCCGGAGUGGAAUCCAGCGGCCGGAUUCGCCGCCCCCGCCGGGAGUGCGCCUGCGCGGUCGCCAGUCUCUCCACCUCGGCUUCCCCUCCCCCUGGUCCCCCCGCGGGGGCUCCGGGUCCGGCGGGACCAUGUUCAGCAGCACCGGCUCCAGUGGGCUCUACAAGGCACCUCUAUCUAAGAGUCUUUUACUGGUCCCCAGUGCCCUGUCUCUUUUGCUGACUCUACUCCUGCCACACUGUCAGAGGUUCUUCCUGUAUGACCUCCAAGCAGUCAAGGAUGACUUUCAGAUUUGGAGACUGAUAUGUGGAAGAAUAAUUUGCCUUGAUUUGAAAGAUAGUUUCUGCAGUAGUCUGCUUAUUUAUAAUUUUAGGAUAUUUGAAAGAAGAUAUGGAAGCAGAAAAUUUGCAUCCUUUUUGCUGGGUUCCUGGGUUUUGUCAGCCUUGGUUGACUUCAUCCUCGUUGAAGCUAUGUGGUAUUCCUUUGGUAUCACUGCAUCCAGGAAUUUGCCUUCUGGAUUCCUGGCACCUGUGUUUGCUCUGUUUGUACCAUUUUACUGCUCCAUACCGAGAGUCCAAGUGGCACAUAUUCUGGGCCCGUUGUCCAUCACAAACAAGACAUUGAUUUAUAUAUUGGGACUGCAGCUUUUCACCUCUGGUUCCUACAUCUGGAUUGUAGCCAUAAGUGGACUUGUAGUGGGGAUCUUUCAAGCUUUACAAACAAAAAACUUUGUGACGGUGCAGGAUUAUAGAAGUCUUACUAAGAUUUCCGGUAUCUGCUACAACAGCAAAAUACUACAAGUUCAUCAGGUGCUGUACAUCCCAAGCUGGAUGGCAAAGUUCUGUUCUUGGACGCUUGAGCCCAUCUUCUCAUCUUCAGAACCUACCACUGAAGCCAGAGUCGGGAUGGGGGCCACAGUAGACAUUCAGAGGCAGCAAAGAAUGGAACUGCUCGAUCGGCAGCUGAUGCUUUCCCAGUUUGCACAAGCGAGGCGACAAAGACAGCAGCAGCUUGCCCUUUCCCCUCCGUUAACAAUGAAGAGGAGAAAUGAUCCAAAAUGCACUGCCCCUAUCAAGAAACAGGAGAAAAGAGUUGCAGAGUUUGCCCUGAGCCUCAACUCCACAUCUGAUGAUGAACCUCCCUCCUCUAUCAAUCAUGCAGCGAAAGUAUCUACCACGGGCUUCUGUGGGUCUGACAGUGAGACUGAGGGGAAGCAACUCAGCUCUGAUGAAGCAUUCAAAGCAGACCCUCUUGUGGAGGGAACUUCUUCCCGCUAUUCCAUGUACAACAGUGUCUCCCAAAAGCUUAUGGCGAAGAUGGGCUUCCGGGAAGGUGAAGGAUUGGGUAAAUACGGCCAGGGUCGGAAGGACAUCGUGGAGGCCUCUAAUCAGAAAGGUCGACGAGGCUUGGGUCUGACGUUGCAGGGCUUUGAACAGGAGUUGAAUGUGGACUGGCGAGAUGAGCCCGAGCCCAGUGCCUUUGAACAGGUGUCAUGGUUCCCAGAAUGUACCACUGAGAUUCCUGACACUGAGGAAAUGAGCGAUUAGAUGGUUGUGGGAAAGAGGAAGAUGAUGAUUGAAGAUGAAACAGAGUUUUGUGGGGAAGACCUGCUUCACAGUGUGCUGCAGUGUAAGAGUAUGUUUGAUGUCUUGCAUUGGGAGGAGAUGUGGCGAGCUCGGACCCGGGCCAAUCCCUACAAGAUGAUUCAAGGAGUCUUCUUCCUGAACAGGAUGGCAAUGAAGAUGGCCAAUAUGGAUUUUGUGUUUGAUCGCAUUUUUACAAAUCCACGGGACUCUUAUGGGAAACCACUGGUGAAGGACCGGGAAGCGGAGCUUCUGUACUUUGCUGACAUCUGUGCAGGCCCCAGUGGCUUCUCGGAGUAUGUGCUGUGGAGGAAGAAGUGGCAUGCGAAGGGCUUUGGAAUGACUCUGAAGGGCCCGAAUAACUUUAAGCUGGAGGACUUCUACUCGGCCUCCAGUGAACUCUUUGAACCUUACUACAGCGAAGGUGGGAUCGAUGGAGAUGGAGACAUCACCCGCCCAGAGAACAUCACUGCUUUUCGGAAUUUUGUCCUGGAUAACACAGAUGGAAAGGGUGUCCGCUUUCUGAUGGCCCAUGAGAGUUUCUCCAUGGAUGGCCAGGAGAACUUGGGAGAGAUCCUCAGCAAGCAGCUGCUGCUCUGCCAAUUUCUCAUGGCGCUCUCUGUUGUCCGGACAGGAGGCCACUUCAUCUGUAAAACCUUUGACCUGUUCACACCGUUCAGCGUGGGGCUCCUCUACCUGCUGUACUGCUGCUUUGAACGAGUAAGUCUCUUUAAGCCGAUUACCAGCCAUCCUGCCAACUCAGAGAGGUAUGUGGUGUGCAAGGGCCUGAAGGUGGGCAUAGAUGACGUGCAGGAGUCUUUCUCAGUCAAUAUUAAACUCAACCAGCUGCGGAACACCGAUUCCGAUGUCACCCUUGUGGUUCCCUUGGAGGUGAUCAAGGGAGACCAUGAAUUUACUGACUACAUGAUACGGUCCAAUGAAAGCUACUGUAGUCUGCAGAUCAAAGCUCUGGCCAAAAUCUGUGCCUUUGUUCAAGACAUCACCCUGAGUGAGCCUCGGCAGGCAGAGAUCCGGAAACAGUGCCUCCGUCUUUGGGGGAUCCUGGACUAGACUCGUGUGGCUCCUUCCUCCUCGGACCUGAAGUCUAAGUUCUUUGAGCUGAUUUGGGGCACUGAGGUCGACAUCUUCAGCUAUAAGCCCACGGUGCUCACCUCCAAAACCUUGGAGAAGAUCCGCCCAGUGCUCGACUACCGCUGCAUGGUAUCUGGCAGUGAGCAGACGUUCCUCCUGAGCCUGGGGAAGUCACAGAUCUACACGUGGGACGGCCGCCAGUCAGACCGCUGGGUCAAGCUGGACCUGAAGACAGAGCUGCCCCGGGACACUCUCCUCUCUGUGGAGAUUGUCCAUGAGCUGAAAGGGGAGGGGAAGGCCCAGCGGAAGAUGAGUGCCAUCCACAUCCUCGAUGUCCUGGUGCUGAAUGGCAGCGACGUGCGGGAGCAGCACUUCAACCGGCGAAUUCAGCUUGCUGAGAAAUUUGUGAAAGCUGUUUCCAAGCCUAGUCGGCCUGACAUGAAUCCCAUCAGGGUGAAGGAGGUGUACGGGCUGGAGGGGAUGGAGAAGACUUUUGUCAGGUUGGAGAUGAAGAUCAUCAAGGGCUCCAGCGGCAUCCCAAAGUUCAGCUACACAGGACGGGAACGGCACUUUGUGCCCACUGGUCUCUACAUGAUCAGGACAGUGAACGAGCCAUCGAUGAUGGGAUUCAGAAGCUUUAAGAGGAAGUUCUUCUACAAUAAGAAAAGCAAGAUCUCUACCUGUGAGCUCCCUGCAGACGCCAUUGCCCCAUUUCACAUCUGCUACUGUGGCCGGCUCUUCUGGGAGUGGGGGGAUGGCAUCCGUAUACACGACUCCCAGAAGCCCCAGGACCCAGACAAACUAUCCAAAGAGGAUGUCCUCUCCUUCAUCCAGACGCACCGCACCUGAGGGCCCGGGGACCCCCACUCCUACUGACACCCCUGCUGUUCAGUUAGGUUGCUCUACCUGGGCCCCUCUCGAAAGGGAUACGGCAGCACAGCCUGGCCAUGAGGGGUGGAUGGUCUCCUCUCCAUCGCCCCUGAAGAGCUCAGUCGGGGGCCAUCAGAGGACACUCACAUGUUCCUUCGGGACACCUUUUAGACUUCCCUCCCCGGAGACCUGCCUGGGAACUGUCUCCCCUGCCAGGACUCAGCCUGAAAGACGCUGCUCCUACGUGGUGUGCGGUCAGGGCCCAGGGCAUGUGGGGCUGCGGAGGACGUGUCAGAGCAGCAGGGCUUUGGCUCUGCUCUUCUCUCCUGUGUCCUGUAGACUCACUUUUCUGAGUUCUGUCACUGCCCUGAGAGUAUCCAUGCCCCAGCUUUGCCCAUCUUUUUACUGGGCCAACCCUUAGUGGGUGAGCCCACUGUCGGGAGCUGGCCAGGAGCACCUGCUGUACAAAUCAAGGUUGUGUUUCUUUGAACUUGCUCUGUUUUGA